CAGCAGUAACAGUAAAGCACUCCCCGCACCCCGACCCCGAGACCCGGGCCGCCCGCCAGGGGGCUGCGGCGACUGCGCAGGCGCGACCUGCCGACGUCAGGGGCGACCGGGUGCGCGGACGGAUGACGUCACGGCCGGGUGCGCAGACGGACGCCGUCACGGCCUCGGGCCGCGCGGGCGCAGGUCGCUGACGCGAGGCGAGGCGGGCGUCGUCGCCCGGACGACGGCCGGGGGGGUCCGCGGGGAGGUCGCGGGGUCCGCGGCCAUGACGUCGUCGGGCAGCACGCCGCUCGCCGGGGGCGCGUCCUUCAGCACCGGGGAGACGCCGCUGGAGGCCGAGCGGAGCGCGGGGGAGGCGGAGAACAGCUACGUCCUGCGGCCCGUCUUCCAGCAGAGGUUCCGGCCGUCGGUGGUGAAGGAGUGCAUCCACGCGGUGCUGCGGGAGGAGCUGGCCGCCGCCGAGUACUCCCCGGACGACACGCCGCAGCUCACGAAGCACCUGUCGGAGGCCAUCAAGGACAAGCUGAAAGAAAUGGGAUUUGACCGAUAUAAAAUGGUGGUGCAAGUAGUGAUCGGUGAACAAAAAGGUGAAGGAGUGUUCAUGGCUGCCCGCUGCUUCUGGGAUGCUGACGCUGACAACUGUACCCACGAUGUCUUCAUGAAUGACAGUCUAUUCUGUGUUGCUGCGGCAUUUGGCUGUUUCUACUACUGAACCUUUGACAAAUUGGGAAAAAGCAUUAACCAUGAAGAAAUAGGAACUUUUAAAACAUAGUGAACCAUCUUGACAAAAAACAGAAGAGUUGGCAGUUUGGCAAACUGAAUUUGUGGAGCUUCAGACUUUUAAUUUUUUAUUUAGUGAUAUGUUCUUACUACAUUUGGGCAGUGGAGGAAAGUAGGGGGAAAUGAGACCAUUCAGUUGUUGAAAUACAAGCAGCUGUAAAUGCUUGGGCAGUAUUUUUUUACUGUCUGCCUGCAGGGUUCAAGUUCCAUGUGUUUGUGCCGACUUUUCCCUCUCAUAAGACAGCUGCACUCUUGGUUAUGUGGUUUCCACAACGUGACUGAGCCGCCGCAUUGCCCCACUGGCUUGUUCUGCUGUGUCCUGGUACAGUGACUUCUUUCUGUAAUGCUGACAUGAAUUUAUUUUUGCAUGGUUUUUCCCCUACACUUGGGAUUACUGCCCUUAUUGCUCACCCUGUUUUCUUUGUUUCUUUCUCUUCCACAAUGAAUGCCACCCUAUGCCCUACAGAAUUUAUUAACUAAAAUAUGAUUCAUUUUUA